CUCCUUUCUUCUUCUUCCUCCUCUCCAUUUUUCCACUCUGCACAAAUAACGAAGUGAAAAUAAAACUUCCCAAUACGGCUCAACAGAUUCAUUCCACCCAAUUUUAGUGAGAGAAAACACAACCCCAUUUCUCCUCGAUCCCAAUUUUCUUCUCUAAUCAAACCAAAAAAAAAAAAGAAAAAAGAAAAAAAAAACCUUUUUAUUUCUGUCUCUCAAUAUUGUUCUUCUUCUCACUCUGUAUUUCUUGUGGAGAGCAUAGGAAUUAGGAAGCAUUUAUUCUGCAGUGCAGACUUUUAAUUAUUUCAUUUCAAGUUUCACCACAUUGUAUUUGUGAAGAUUUUUUUCUUGUUGGUGAGCUGAGGAAUUCUCUAAGGGAAGAAAAUGGGUGAAGAAUCUUUGUCAAUACUCCUCCAUGACAGAGCAGUGGAGCAGGCAAUUCUGUCUAUGAAGAAGGGGGCUUAUCUUUUAAAGUCUAGGCGCAGAGGCAAACCAAAAUUCUGCCCUUUCAGGCUUUCCAUGGACGAAAAGUUCUUGGUUUGGUAUUCAGGGCAUGAGGAAAAGCAACUGCGACUAAGCUUGGUAAUGAAAAUUAUUCCCGGAAAGAUGUCUCCAAGCCUUCAAAACCAACUUCAACCCACCAAAAAGUCCCAUUCCUUUUCGCUCAUUUAUGCUAGUGGCGAACGCUCACUUGAUCUGACAUGCAAGGACAAAGCACAGGCAGAUUGUUGGUUUCUUGGAUUGAGAUCUAUAAUAUCAAGGAAUCACCAUCCAAGAUCACUAGCUAGUUCAAGGGAUAACAGAGGGAUUGUAUCUUGUGCUAACAGUCCUGCUGGGUUUAUUAGAAGAAAGUACAAUCUUGGACUUCUGGAGGACACUACAGACCUUCCACAGGUACGCAGCUUGUGUGGCAGUCCUACUCUUUCACUUUCAGAAAGAUGCCUUUCUGAUGGCUUAUCUCAUUCCUUUGAUAGCUUCUAUCCGUCGGAUGGACCAAGUGAAGGGGACAUCUCUGCUCGAUGUACUCCUCUUGUUGAACAUGAUGCAUUUAAGAGGGGAUCGACAGCUGAAAUGGUUCAUGAAAAGAAUGUGCUCAGUAGAUUUGUUGCACCUGUUCAUACAUCUCCACAAAUCGAAAAGAACAAUAUUCUGAAGGAUGUCAUGAUCUGGGGAGAAGGUAUAGAAGGUGGGCUUAUAGGUGGUGGAAACGAAAGGUCUGCUAGCCAGAACAGAAUGAAUGUAGAUGCGUUGUUACCGAAACUUCUAGAAUCAACUAGGAUGUUGGAUGUGCAAAGCGUAUCGUUAGGAGGGAAACAUGCAGCCCUGGUAACCAAGCAUGGGGAAGUCUUCUGUUGGGGUGAAGGGAAGGGUGGGAGACUUGGGCAUAAGAUUAAUAUGGAUUUGGACCAUCCCAAGCUUGUCGACUCGCUUGGUCGGAUUGCAGCUAAAUCUGUUGCAUGUGGUGAAUAUCAGACAUGUGCGCUGACAAGUGCCGGAGAAGUUUAUACAUGGGGUGAUGGUAGGUUUGGUGCUGAUUUUGAAUGUGAGCAGAAGAUUAGAAGUCAGUGGUUGCCACAAAAACUUUCUGGUCCUUUGAAUGGCGUAAGCAUAUCAAACGUCGCUUGUGGAGAAUGGCAUACAGCGGUUGUUUCUGCUUGUGGGCGUUUAUUUACUUACGGAGAUGGAACAUUUGGAGCUCUUGGACAUGGGAAUCUUACGAGCCUUUCCCAGCCAAAAGAGGUUGAAUCUUUAAAUGGUUUGUGGGUAAAAUCAGUUGCGUGUGGAUCGUGGCACACAGCUGCUAUAGUUGAUAUCAUGAUUGACCGUUUCAAGUUCAAGAGUGCUGUUGGGAAAUUGUUUACAUGGGGUGAUGGUGAUAAAGGAAGGUUGGGCCAUGCUGAUAACGCAUGUAAGCUCUUACCGACGUGUGUUGCCCCACUUGUUGAUUAUGAUUUUGUCCAAGUUUCUUGUGGACGAAUGUUGACUGCUGGGCUCACCAAUCUGGGUAGAGUUUACACGAUGGGAAGUUCCGUACAUGGGCAACUAGGAAAUCCGGGGUCCAAGGACGCAUCUAUAACCCUAGUUGAAGGGAAGCUCAAAGAAGAGUUUGUUAGGGCCAUAUCUUCAGGUUCCUUUCAUAUAGCGGCAUUAACGUCGACAGGACAUGUUUACACUUGGGGGAAGGGUGCAUACGGACAAUUAGGAUUGGGCGAUCCCGAUGAUAGGAACUUACCUACUUUUGUGGAAGCUCUAGGAGACCAGCAGGUAGAAAGUAUAGCCUGUGGGUCAAAUUUCACAGCUGCAAUCUGUUUGCAUAGAUCUAUCACCUCGAGUGACCAAUCUGCUUGUUAUGGAUGUAAAUUGUCGUUCGGGUUUACGAGGAAGAAGCACAAUUGCUAUCACUGCGGUCUCUUCUUCUGCCGGAUGUGCAGCAGUAAAAAAACUACCAACGCUGCUUUGGCACCGAACAAAACUAAACCUUUUCGAGUUUGUGAUCCCUGCUUCAACAAUCUACAGAGACAUAUUCACUUGGGUAGGCCACUAAAGCAAGAAAAUAAAAGGUCACAGGAUUUAUUGCUGCAACAGAAAGCAUCUGCUUUUAACAGAGUAGAUAAGAGAAGUAUGAGUUCUAAGCAUUGUCAACUGUUGUCACCUACAAAACAAAAUAGUGAGGAGAUGCAGUCUCAUUGGAAAUUCAUAAAUCAAGGGGAAAACCAACAGCAUUUAGAACACCUUUCUUUUCAGUCUGGUGGAAUACCAAGUUGGGGCCAAGUUUCGUGCCCAGCUUCAUUUAAAAUGUGCGAUAGAGAAAACUCGAAAACUCUCAUUUCAUCAUCUCAAAAUGAAACAACUGUAAAUGCUUUAGGUCACCUGAGAUCCCCCAAUUCAAGUGUCAUCAGUCUUGAGAGAUUUAUGUAUGGGUCCAGUGAGAAGCUAAGUGAAGAAGUUCAGAAGCUACGAGCUGAGGUCCAAGCCUUGGGACAGGCACGGGUGCCCCUGGUAUGGGGGAGCAAAUCUCCGACGGUGUCAUUCCUUAAUCUUUCAAUAUUGUGUCUAGUGAAGAGCCUGGAGCUACAAUGUCACAAUGGAGACGAGAAGAUGCAGAAAUGUCGACAAAAGAUAGAAGAAGCUUGGUCUGUCGCAAGGGAGGAAGCCGAGAAAUGUAAGGUAGCAAAGGAGGUCAUAAAAGCUUUGGCACUCCGGAUUCAUACAAUGUCGGAGAAGGUUUCGGGUAGAAGUGAUGCAAAAGAAGUUGAUGCUAAUAAACCACAUGUUACACCAUUAUAUUCAGAUGGCCAAAACUUUGACCAUUUGCACUCCCCCUCUGCUGCAACUUGUUUACCCCCUGAGGUUCAAUUGCCCAAAGACAGACCAAUUGGUGAUAGUUUAUACAACUCUCCCAUUGUCUUCUCUAAUACAUUCAAAUCAUUAUAUGGGAGACAUGCAUUCCGACACGUCAAUAAGUCGGCGGAGGAUCCGAAUACUAACCGAACGUCCGCUAAAAAUGGAACUGCAAAUUAUUUGAAAGAUGAAUGGAUAGAACAGUAUGAACCUGGUGUAUAUAUUACAUUUACAAGUCUACCAGGUGGGCACAAGGGGCUGAAGAGAGUGAGAUUCAGUCGAAGAAGAUUUUCGGAGCGGGAAGCAGAGAGAUGGUGGGAAGAGAAUCAAGUUACAGUAUACCAAAAGUAUGGCAUUGAAGGAUAUACCAAUUCAAACCAUAGCCAGAUAGAGGAUUAAACAAGUUUCACAUUGUCUUUCUUUCUCUAUUUGUAUGAAUUUUGUGUCUGCCUCAUAUCAGCCAGCCAGCUGAAGAAGAGUGCUGCCACAGGUAUCCCUAAUCCCUGAAACAUCUCAAAUAGAAAAUCUCUCACAAAAUUGGCCAUUUUUGGAAUUAGAAUUGCUAGUUAUGUAAAAAGAAGAUAAACAAAAAUCUACUAGUGGUCUACUUAGGUAUCUUUUCUCCAAAAAAACAUAAUUUAAGACCCAGUUUGUAUAUCUUGUUAACUUGAGUCAAACAUUCCCCAAAUCCCCUAAAUGGGUGCUCUGGCCUUUCUUUUAGUGACAUAAAUUGGUUGUUUCUUAUGUAAUGAAGGUGCGGGACUGAUGAGUAAAAAAGGGUAUGUUUGGGAGUGGUUUUGGCCGUUUUGCUCAAAAUUAUUAUGUUGGGACGUAAAAUAAAAGUGUUUUUUCCCCAUUAAAAGGAGGCGAUCACCUUUUUUUCUAGUGAAUUAAGGUUUAAUCCUCGUCUUUGAUUAUUUUUA